CGAGAUCACACACAACAUGCCACCCCGCUGAUAUUCGCUCAUUGAAAAGACACAGCUGUCAAUCUCAAGAAGCCCUGCUUGAAAGGACACAGGAAGUCAGCCAUUUUGGAUCAAGCACGCGGCUGGAAAGGAAGAUGGUCGCCAUGGAUGCUCUCGCCUGUGGAAUUAAUUACCCCGUCGGGCGGACCACUCCAGCCGUCAACGCCAACUCUCCCCAUUUGUGGUUCCCUUCCUGACAAACAAAUGCCGAGUCAGCUGGAGGGCGCCAUGGACGCGCUGAUCGCCGUCUUUUACAACUACUCGGGCCAUGACGGAGACAAGUAUAAGCUGAACAAGGGCGAGCUCAAGCAGCUGCUGCACACCGAGCUCACGGACUUCCUCACGUCGCAGAAGGACCCACUGCUGGUGGAGAAGAUCAUGAGUGACCUGGACUCCAAUAAAGACAACGAGGUGGACUUCAAUGAGUUUGUUGUGCUGGUGGCUGCGCUCACCGUUGCCUGCAACGACUUUUUCCAAGAACAGAAUAAGAAGACCACCAAAUAGAUGUUCCCUUUUAAACCACAAUGUAUAGCUUUGUCAUUAAAAAAAACUGAAUGUUGAUUUGCACUGUUGUCAAUAAAUGUGAUGAUUUCCCUUUCCUUUUAAA